AUGUCCCUCGUAGCUUCUUCAUUGCGCGCAUCACAACAAACGGCGCGUCGGCUGGCCACGGUGUCCGCCGCGAGCCGUGUGCUCCUACACCGCGGCCAAAAUCGCGGCGUCAAGACCCAACCGGCGUACGAGGGCCACGUCCCGCUCAACUGGUUUGAGGCCGGCUUCCUCACCCUUGGGUCCGCUUUCAUGUCGCUCGCGAACCCUCGCAGGGGAGAUAUGGUCGCCGCGCUCGGGGACCUGACCUCGGGCCCUGUGCUGCCGCGCCUGCGCGACGCUAUGCUCGAGAGUGCGGAAGGACGCCAGAUCCUGAAGGAACGCCCACGGGUCAACUCUGAGACUGUGGACAUGAACAAGCUCGCGAUGCUCCCCGAAGGCACGUUCGGAAACGCGUACGUGACCUGGCUCGAGCGCUGCGGCGUCACCCCCGAUACGCGUGAGCCCGUGCACUAUGUGGACGACCCCGAGCUCGCGUACGUCAUGCAGCGCUACCGAGAGAGCCACGACUUUUACCACUGCCUCUGCGGUCUGCCCGUGAACGUCGAGUCCGAGCUCGCGCUCAAGUUCUUCGAGUUCGCAAACCUCGGGCUCCCCAUGGCCGGCUUCGCCGCCGCGUUCGGGCACCUGCGCCUCACGCACGCGAAGCGCGAGCGCCUCUUCCGCGAGUUCGUGCCCUGGGCCGUCAAAUGUGGAGGCUCCGCGCAGAGUCUGAUCACCGUCUACUGGGAGAAUCGCUGGGAGCAGAACAUCGCGGACAUGAAGAAGGAGUUCGGCAUCUGGGACCCACCGGAGCCGCGUUGGAGCAGGCCGCUCAGCGAAGCCAAGGCGGCUGCGGCGAAGAGGGCUGCGGCCUACGCUCAGCAGCCUGCCUCGAGCUCGUAG